GCGUGUUUUGACCCCCAGAAGCCUCCCCGCAACCCGCCACCAUCAGAGUCACCACUCCUCCUCCUCCACCUCUCCUCCUCCUCCUCUCUCUCGCCUCCCGAGGCUGAAAACACCAUCGCUCAUACCGGUCCGUGACAUUUUCCAGCCUCUCGCCGUGUGUUGGCUGCGCGGACAGCGAGCGCAGAGAGCCAAAAAGGAGGUGCGCACUGAGGGGGGGACGCUGUUUCUCUGCCGUCUCUGUGGUCUCUGUCGUCUGCGGCCAGCGAGCAUCCCCGAGACCCGGACCAGGACCCGGAGCCAGACCCGGAGCAGGAGCCAAGGCGCACCGGGAGAGGUGCUCCCUGCACCGCACCGGCCCUCACAGCGCUGGAGGCGGCGGAUAUUUACGUCUCGGUGGGACAUUUGGCACAGUUUUACUGGAACCUCGACUCGGGAGACAGGGGGAAGGAGCUGGACUAGCCGAGCAGAGCAUCAUCAUCUCCGGGGUGGGCUUGGCCGUCGAGUCGCAUGGAGAAGAGGUAUGAAGAGCUGGUGCACUACUCGGGGUCGGAGGGCAUAUCCGUGGGGGGGUAUGGGGACGACGUCAGGGCUCUUCCUCCCCCACAGUACGGACCCACCAUCCCCGACUCCCUCAAACACCACAAAGACCAGAUCUACGGUCACCCACUGUUUCCACUGCUGGCCUUAGUGUUUGAGAAGUGUGAGCUGGCCACCUGCUCCCCCCGAGACUCCUCCUCACUCUCAGCCUCCUCCCACCUCCCCGGCAUGAUCAAUCAUAGUGAUGUCUGCUCCUCCGAGUCCUUCAAUGACGACAUUGCCGCGUUCGCGAAGCAGAUUCGCUCGGAGAAACCGAUAUUUUCUUCAAAUCCCGAGCUGGACAACCUGAUGAUCCAGGCCAUACAGGUUCUUCGUUUCCAUUUACUGGAGUUAGAGAAGGUGCACGACCUGUGUGAUAACUUCUGCCACCGCUACAUAACUUGCCUGAAGGGAAAAAUGCCCACAGACCUGGUCCUGGAUGAUCGGGAGGGGGGCUCCAAGUCUGACAUGGAGGACUUCAGCGGCUCCUGCACCAGUCUGUCAGAGCAGGUGGGACUCAAACAUGAAACUCUGUGGCUUCCUCGGAGCCUGGGCUGCUGGGAGUUCAGCAUCUCACCUGCAGCCUCCUCCUCCCUCCUCUCUCCCCCGCAGAACGCAUCCUGGUUACGGGAGCCGGACGAAUGUGCCACUACGCCUCUAGGAACGCCAGGCACCUGCGGCCUGCCCUCACACAGUUUAGGAGACAACUGCAGCGACGCAGGCGAUGGUCUUGAUGGAGGAGUGGCCUCCCCCAGCACGGGGGAGGAGGAUGAGAGCGACAGGGACCGGAGGAACAACAAGAAGAGAGGAAUCUUUCCCAAGGUGGCCACAAACAUCAUGAGAGCGUGGCUCUUCCAGCACCUGUCGCACCCGUACCCGUCGGAGGAGCAGAAGAAGCAGCUGUCGCAGGACACGGGGCUGACCAUCUUACAGGUCAACAACUGGUUCAUCAACGCCAGGAGGAGAAUAGUUCAGCCGAUGAUCGACCAGUCAAACCGCUCAGGUCAGGGUGGUCCCUACAGCCCGGAGGGGGCAGCUCUCGGGGGUUACGGGCUUGAUGGCCAGGCCCACCUGGGCCUCCGGACAGCAGGUCUCCAGGGAGUGUCCUCUCUGCAGGGCGACUACCCGGGCACUCUGCUGCCGCAGCCAGGUUACCCUCCGCACCCCGGACCCUCCCUGCACUCGUACCCGGGCCCACACCCUCACCCCGCCAUGCUGCUCCACCCUCCGCCACACGCACACCCCGCAGAGCCGCUCCUCGCCCAAGGACUUGACAUACACGCGCACUAGUUCUGGGCUCAGUCGGCGCGUCUGCGUGUGUGUGUGAGUGUGUAUGUGAGUGUGUGUGUGUGAGAGAGAAUCCCAGUAUGAAUGUGCAUGUGGGGAGACGUGUGUGCGAGUGUGUCUGGCUUCGUGUGUGUAGUGAUUCAUAUGGUACACUAUUUAAAGACAAAAGAGAAAGACACGUAACUCCUAAAGUUUACAUUCCCCACUGAAGACACUGACCUUAAUGUAGCUGUUCUCAUUGUUGACACACACAUACAAACAGACAACAUGUAAGCAUUUAACCUUCACACCCCUCCGUCGGGACCCACAGGUUUAAGCCAUACCUCUUUCAGAGUAGAAGUGCUUCCUCCUCCAAAAAUGUCUCCUUUGUGUCCUGUGGGCGAGACACUUGCUUUAAACUCCACUUCCCAUCAUGCCCCUUGUAAAGCCGGGAGGACCCCCAGUCGGAUCAGAGAGACGGAUGAAGGCUCAUCCGCAGACUCCCUUCCUUAUGGACGUUACUGGGGGCGGGGGCUCCAUCUUUACCUCUCCCUGUCUUCCUGCACACGUUGACUGUCAAAAGAAACACACACAACCUGACACAAACUUUAUUUAAAGCUUUUCUGAGUUUUUCUUAUUCUAUUUUUAUAUUUAUGCGUGCCACUUCAGGCGGAUGCAGCUUCACGUGAGCUUGUUGAAAUGUUAGUGCUCUUCCUCAGCAUGAAGCUACAAACUCUGAAUGACUUCCAGUCUGCCUCGCUCUUGUACCACUGACCUCCUUAAGAUGGCAACAGGCGCCCGUUACAUUAAGACCUUACACACACACACACACACACACACACAGCACACAAGCAACACAGAGAAAGCCAUUUCAACAGACAUGCACACACACAAACUCCCGUUAGUGUUUCCAGUGCAUUGUUGACUGUCGCAGUGGCGCGUGAGGGGAGCUGCAGCCAAAGGACUCUCGAAACAUUCGGCUCCCCGCGCACCCUGACUGGACCGCUGACGUUUUUCUGAAUGAUAACGAUGGGAAAUACAAGUCAAAUAUUAAAAUGUUUUUGUAA